AUGCCCCCGGGACCUAGAGGAAAAGGAAGCACUACCCUGUCACUUCCAUUGUAUUUGACUUUUAUUCAGUCAAAUGGUGAGACACAUGUGAGGUACAACAUGGAGGUCACAGCGCGCUGCAUCAAACUGAUGGUGAAAAUACUGUUGCUGCUCAUGAUUCCAGACCAGAAAUAUUGUACAUAUGCUGAAAAAUUAGAAGGAGCUCAUCUUCAUGUUCAUCCAAAUACACUGCAGUUCUUUGAAUAUGACUCCAUCUCAUUAAACUGCAUGGGCUUUCAUGGCCCAGCAGAAUGGAGAGUGAUCAAAAAGCUCGCCUUAAAUUCAACUCAGUGGGAAACAUCAACAAGAACCUUGGACAUUAAACCUGCCAUUACAUCAGACAGUGGAGAAUACUGGUGUGAAAAUGAAGAUGGAGAGAAAAGCAAGUCUGUCACCAUCACUAUCACUAGUGGUGAUGUGAUCCUAGAGAUUCCUGCCUUUCCUGUCAUGGAGGGAGAUGAUGUCACUUUGAGCUGUAGAAAAGAAGGAAUUUCCUCCAAUCUCGCAGCUGAUUUUUAUAAAGAUGGCCACCACAUUGAGACUGGAUAUGCAGGAAAGAUGACAAUUUACAAUGUUUCCAAAUCUAAUGAAGGACUGUACAAAUGCAGCUUUUCUCAGUCUCAAGGGAAAUCGUUAGAGAGCUGGCUGGCUGUAAGGGCAUAUAUUUCUCCCACAUCUCCAGAGACUGAAAAAGAGAUUCCACAAGAGAGCUCUCCAUCCAGGUCCACUGAGAUCUCCAUCCUGUUGCCAGCUCUUUUCAUCCUUUUGGCUGUGGCUGUGCCAGCAGUGGUGGGACUGUUUUACUGCCAGGAAGACACAGGAGCAAGCUUUUCCUCUGUCAUGACAGUAGUAGUGUAUGAAAAUAUCCAGGUGUGUGAUCUGCACAUGGCUACCUAUGACAAUGACACGAAAUACAAAAAGAAAAGAGGUUAGAGACAACACAUCUGACUUCAGGACGAGCUGUUGUGUGACUUUUUACAACUCCUAUGGCAAGUUUUCUUAUUCUGGGGAUAAAAAACAAUGUCCUGUUUAAAAUAUCUAUCUUUGU